ACAGCACAUUAACUUUACCUCUGGAUGCUGCUUUGAGCACCUUUAAUGAAGACAGUCGCAUCUCUCCAAACUUCACAAGACCCGUGACUGUCCAACAGACACCUUCAGCAGAACAAAGCUGUUUUAAAAGUAACUUUUCCAAGUAUAAAGCCAAAGCAUGAAGCUCCAGUGCAUUUCUCUUCUCAUUUGUGGUUUACUCAUUGGCGAGUGCUGCGGGUCUCGUCUGGACCGCUGGGUCCGAACUGGACUCCAGUACCUGAAGCUCAACCUGUGCCGGAGGGUCUCUCUGCCGGAGAGCGAGUGCAAGAAGCUGUCCCACCUGCACCUGAGCGGGGUGGUCGUGUACGUGUCCGAGUCCGGCUCAGGGAAAGUGCUGACGAUCCUGCCGGACUCAUACUCGAGCGGCGCGCUGCAGUCCAAACAGAGCGGCUUCACCGUGGACGCGAGCGCGGAUGAUGACAGCAGGACGAAUGAAGAGCUGUACCCGGGCGCGAGCACGCACGACGCCGUGCUGCUGCUGGACCCCAGUCCCGGCGAGAGUUUCGGACACCCGGUGGUUCUGUUCUAUGUAGACUUCAACAUAACCAAGAAGAAAUGUGCUCAUAUGGACGGCAUUUAUCUGGGAGAGGAGUGCUUGACGAUGGCUGUGAAGACACAGUGCCAGAACCAGCUGAAGCGGAGGAGGAGUCGCAGCGACCGUAUGGCGAGCCAGGCGAGGGUCCUGAGGAGUACGACGGGCAGAACCAGCCGAGUGGAGCAAAGCAGCGGCCUCUGUGAGAUUCACUUUCUCCCCCUGGUUGUGGGAGUGAAAGACAGCAACCGAACCCAGCGCCUACGCUGUGUAGAUCACCCAGACUUUGCCAGAUGCCCGCAGCCUUUGCCACUGACCAGCCCCAGCACGCCCAUCUCCAGCUGUGAACUCAAUAAAAACACCCGCCGGUGCCAUCAGCAACGCCUGGCCACACACCUGUCCUGCCGCCUUUACCAGACCUGUGAUCAUGCUGUUCUCCUGUCAGGUGGCUGGCAGGAGCAGAUAACAUACCAACAACAUGCGAAGAACCUGCAGCUCCUCUACCAGAUGCUAAGGAAUAACGGCUUCCAUAAGGACCACAUAAAGACAUUCUUUGCUGGGAAUGGACAGGUAGCAGCUAAAGAGACAGAGGGGAUGUAUCCAGCCACAGAGAAAGAGGUGAUCAGAAAUCACCUUUCCUACAUCUGCCGAAAGCAGCACUGUGUGGAUUCUCUUGUUCUGUACCUGAACAGCCCCACGCGCAAUGACGGCACCAUGCUGCUCUGGGACCGCAAUAACAACGGCAUUGCAGAUCUGAAGGAGCGUUACUCUGUGGGUGAACUGUUGGCGGAUCUGGCCGGGUGCAGGGCCAGCCGGGUGCUGCUCUUUGUGGAGCAGAGUUACAGUGCAGUCCUCAGCAAGAGACUGAUGGGAUCGCUCAAACACGUCAAUGUCGUGCUGCUGAACGGCUUGCCCUGGGGGCACACAGCUGAGUUCUGGGCCUCUCUGCACCCUUCCGAGUGCCUCAUAGACCACCUCAGUAAGAGUUCUGGGACGCCCCGACUGGCUGAUGCUGCUCUGGGAUUGCUGAACGUGACUCUGGCUGGUGCUCCGUGUAACUCCACCCCUCCUCUCACCGAAGCCGAAAUGAGGAAGGAGUACAUGGGCUGCCAGAACCUCCCCACAGCUCUGUGGUACCAAAAAGGCCCAAGAAUGACAAUAGCAGGAAUUGAGUGAACUGACAGUUUCCAGGACUUUUAGGAGGACUAGAACCAACUCUACUGUUCCAAACACAUAACUCGGACACUUCAG